AUGUCGGACGCCUUCACAUCUUGGCAGGAGAGGCCAGAAAGGCUUCUGCCUUCUCUUAGCCGGAGUGGCAUCAGCAGCUUCAACGAGGACACCCUUCAUGAUCCUUCUGUUACGCCUCACCCUGCCGAAAAGUGGAUACAGGAGCAGGGUAGGAUCAACAGCAACGCUGCUCGCAUGGAUAAGCUGGAUCAGUUUGGCAUCCCCAUCCAUCCAUCGCACUCCAGAUCGUCGCGUCUCGCCGCUCAAGCAUCUUCCCCGAGGAACGGCGACUCUGCUGCCUUCUCUUCCACAUCCAAGCCGUCAUCCUCUUCGCGUCAUCUACUCUCCGCAUCAUCCGCAAGCAACAACAACCACAAGUCGACGGCCUAUGGUUCUCCCUCCCCCUCGUGGCAGUUGCUAUCUGCCGAUCCUUCUUCAUCCGCCUCUCGCAUAGUCCAACAGCCCGAAGAAGCCGAGGAGGAUGAGAACGUGGGCCUCCUGCUAGGUCAAUCUAAACGCAGAAGACGCAAGGACUCGUACUCUUCCUUCGGCAGCAGCGUACUCCCGGCUCCAUUGUAUGCGUCUGGCGCGCGCUACAACUCACACGGAAGCCAUAAUGGUCUUGCAGCAUCCAGACAGGCCAUACCUGCUAAGCAGGGUCGAUCCACCUAUCCGCCUAGCAACCAUUCAGGUGCAGCCCCAGCCUCGCGCCGUCUCGCUCCUUCCAACGAUGCUUUCGCCCACCAUCAGCCACAAUUGGACACGCAGUGUUCGCGUCAACGCCAUCAAUCUAGCGCCAUGACUUCACGUCCUUCCGGCUUUGACCUGGACGACUGGCUCAGAACAUCGCAAGCUCCUCCUGGCUUGCGAACAUCUCCCAGUCUCGGUACACUUACCACUUUCGACCGCCCUGAACGUCGAAGCGCAGCAUUGAGCGAAGCUGGACGACGUCGUCGACGUCCACAAGGUGGUUCAACAUCAGGACUCAGCGCGGGCGUGCUUAGUGCAGGCCCCGAAUCGCCACGGAGCCGUAGAAAGGCAAGUGCGUCUGCAUCGCGCCGUGAGUCUAGCGGCUACUCUUCUCUUUCCCCCGAUCAUCCCGCCUUCAUGGCAUCUCAGGAACUCAGUCGAGAGGCAGAGAGCCGCACCAUGGAUACCAUCGAGGAAUGGCGAGCGAAGGCAGAUCCGCAGGCAUCCGCAUCCACCAUUGAAAGCGCCUUAUCUGCAGCACAACAACAACGCCCAAUCACUGGAGACCUGCUAGAGUCAGCAACACGGCGCAGACGCAAGAGCUCAGUCAAAGGCAGCUCACAUCCCGUGUCGAUGGAUGGGCCUGCUCCACCACUGCCAUCCAUCCCUGCAGCGUUUACGGCAGGGUCAGUGACCUCCAAGAGCGGUCGACGUAGACGAAAAAUAACCGAGACCUCCCUUGCAGGUCUUCUCUCGCCGGACAGAGCCUCCAUAGCUCAUGACAAAUCAGCGACGACAGCGACACCAGCUUUACCGACGCCGCCGCCGGGACUUCGCGAUCUGUACGCACUCUCUGGCUUGGGCUCGCAGGCAGAUACCCCUGUCCGCCGCUUGAUCCGCUGGCUAGCCAAAGAGCAGCUCAAGAGCGUGAUCCUGCCACUCGUCUUACUGACAGCUUUUUUGGUCCGCUGGAUGGUGGCGACCGGCGACUGGAGUGGACGCGGUGUCGAACCCAUGCACGGUGACUUUGAAGCACAGCGUCAUUGGAUCGAACUCACUUUGCAUCUGCCGACAUCCAAGUGGUACUUUUACAACUUGCAAUACUGGGGCUUGGACUAUCCUCCGCUCACCGCGUGGGUCAGUCUAGCAUGCGGAUACGCUAGUCAGUUGUUCCCAUCAACAAAAGCGGGCUUUGCAUUCGAGACUUCGAGAGGUAACGAAGAUGCAGCAACAGUGACCUUCAUGCGAGCUACAGUGGUUGUUGGCGACCUGCUGGUCUACCUCCCCGCUCUUGCGCUCUUCAUCACACGAAAGCUCGAAGGACGCGGCAAACGCACUCAGGCCAUCGCACUGUUCUCCAUCUUGCUUCAGCCCGCUCUCAUCUUGAUCGACCAUGGCCACUUUCAGUAUAACAGUAUCAUGCUUGGUUUCAGUGCUGCUUGCUUUGCACUGUUGCACACAACGCUUCCUAACCCAGAAGCCUCCUCAUCUCCCUCUGCACGCAACCGCAAUCAAGCCGUCGCCGACCUCUCACGCCGACUCAGCUACGAAUACGUCGCAGCCGCCAUCUUCCUCUGCCUCAGUCUCUCGUUCAAGCAGAUGGCUCUGUACUACGCACCUGCUGUAUUCGCACUAAUGCUUGGACGGUGCAUCGGGCUUGCCCGCAUCGACCCUGAACGCGGACUGACGCUAUUCGUCGGUCUUGGUCUCGCUGUCGUCAUCACGUUUGGCGUGCUUUUUGCGCCCUGGUUGACAAGCUUGGAGCAGAUCGGGCAGCUGGUGCAUCGCAUCUUCCCGCUCGCACGCGGUCUUUUCGAGGACAAGGUGGCGAAUGUGUGGUGCUUCCUCUCCGUCCUCCCUCUCCCAGCGCGGUUCAAGUUGAAGAACAUGAUGCCAGCCACAGCACUAGCGAGGUUGAGCUUGUUGGUGACACUGGUAGCGAUCUUGCCUGGAUGCUGUCUCUUGUUCUGGGCGAGUAGUCAGACGGCAAAGAUGGAGAUGAUGGUCGCUCAGGAGACAGUCCAGAAGCGCACAACUAGCACUACAGCAGACAAGUCGACCGCUUUCAGCGCUGCCGGCAGCGUCAAAGCACCCACCCUUGCAGCUUCACUGAAGUCGACAAACACACGCGAUCUUCUAGCGCCAUCUGUCAUCGGAUCAGCCGCCGGAGCACCAGCACGAUCCGAGAUCGAGUCUCUCCUAGCCGGAUCCGUCUCGAAGUCUAUCAGUGGGAGAAUCAGCCAGGUUGGUCCACCAACUGAGACCCUUGACCGCCACAAUCUCAUCUCGCACGACUCAGACUAUCACCUCUCGGCAUCCGACUCUCGCCCAGUCGCAUCGUCUCUUCCCUCACCAGCAGCCCAGAUGCUGCCCUACGGCCUGGCCAGCGUCUCCUGCGCCUUCUUCCUGUUCGGCUUUCAAACACACGAAAAGUCCAUCCUUCUGCCCUUGCUUCCACUCACCCUGAUCCUUGGGGCUAAAGGCGAUACGUGGGGAGGAAACAUUACCAGUGCUCGAGACUGGGAAUGGACAGUCUGGUUCAACAACAUCGCCACCUUUUCACUCUUUCCGCUGCUCAAGAAGGAUGGUCAGGCGUUGCAGUACGUCGUGCUGUUAGUUGGGUGGAACUGGUUUGUCGGAAACUUGGCUGUUCCUUUCCAGCCCUUGAAUAGCAUCAAGGGUCUGGUGAAGGGUGCUUCCUUCUUUAGAAAGUUGAGUACGCUGACCUAUCUAGCCGCGGCAGGGUUGCAUGUGGUGGAAUUGGUGGUCCCGAUGUUGCUGCCUGGUCUGCAAGCUAAGGUGUGGGCUAGGUAUCCGGAUAUCUAUCCCGUUCUCAAUGUGCUGUUGACCACACCGUGCUUUAUGGUAGUCUUCAUCUGGGCGCUCAUUAGACAAAUUCAGGUGGCGUUCGCGAACGGGCUUGAUCUCUCGCUCUCUAGCAAGAGUAAGACUGCAGCAAAGAGCACAAAACCAUCAUGA